AAGCCAGCGAGGACAGCGCGCCCGCCACUCUCCACGCCCCAUUCGUGACCAGUAGUUCCUUGUGUGAUUGUAGCGACGGCCGGUUGCCUGAAUGAUGCUUGCGAUGGUCGCUCGGUAGCACCAUAGUGGCGCGAUAUCCGUCUCGGACAUCCUGGAUCUACACCACACCUAACCUAAAGAAUGUCGACCCUUCAACCGCGCCCACCUUAUAGUGACGAUGAGCUCAGAAGACUGUACCCUGCGAAUCUAGAGCUUCGUCAGGUUCAGAUUCUCCUCCGGCAUGGUGAGCGAACGCCAGUGUCAGCUCGCUUUAAGAAUGCGGGUUUAGCUGCACACUGGCCGUACUGCGAAGCGGCGAAGAACUUCAAGGAUGUCGUGCUCUCUGUGAACGGUUCAUGGGACACGCUGCAAUGGAAGCGGAGGCUGGAGACCUCUGCGGCGAACGACGCGCCAACAUUAGCUGCUGGCAGCAGAGGAGAGGUGGAUGCUGUGUGCCAGCCUGGCGAGCUAACCGAUCCUGGACGCAGGACUACGCUUGCACUGGGCCAAAGAAUACGAAGGCUAUACGUGGACCAACUAGGCUUCCUGCCCAAGGGUCUAGAUGCUGAGAACGAAGCACAAGUGUACCUGAGGAGCACACCGAUACAACGCGCGCUGGAGAGCGUGCAGCAGGCCUUUAUCGGCCUGUACCCGGCAGCAAAUCAGGCUGCAGGGCUCGGGCCAAAAGCCAUCGUGACGAGGAGCAUGCAGGACGAGACGCUGUUCCCGAACGAAGGCGCCUGCAAGCGCUUCGCCCAGCUGUCCGCAGCGUUUGCCGAGCGGACAGCCUCGCUUUAUAACGACGGACCGGAGAUGGCAUAUAUUAACAAGAAGAUUGGCAAGUGGAUGCCAAAAGAAAGUCCGGUUAUCAAAGUCGACUCGCAUCCAAGGUUGAGCGGCAUCAUGGACUCAAUCAAUGCUACCCGAGCACACGGUCCGGCGACCAACUUACCGAGCGAGUUCUAUGACCCAAAGGUCCUGGAGCAUGUCGACCGGAUAUGCACCGAGGAGUGGUUCGUUGGCUAUCAAGAAUCGGAGGAGUACCGCAAACUCGGCAUCGGCGGCCUAGUAGGCGACCUCACGCAACGCAUGGUUGAGAGCGCUACCAGCAGCAAACCUUCGGGUGCUGUCGGUGUGCAAGAUGACUUCAAACUGAGCAUGGCCGGCUGUCAUGACACAACAAUCGCUGCUGUGCUUACCAGCCUUGGCGCAUUCAAUGUUGCUAGAGAUAAGUGGCCAAACUUCACGAGUAACAUCGCCUUUGAGCUUUUCAAGCGCACAGAUGCUGGAGCAUCUCAGCCAGCGUCAGCUUCGAGUAACGGCGCAAUGUGGCCGAGCAAGGACAAGACCUGGUGGUACUCCAUCUUUUCCUCACCUAAAGCGAGUGUAGCUGCGACCUCCGCUCGGACUCCGAUUGCAGGCAUGUCGACUCCAGACCGGGCCAAGUUGGACGAUCACUACGUUCGCAUACGCUACAAUGAUACGCCAGUGACGCUGCCCUAUUGCCGAUCAACUGGCAAGCAUUUGGACGGUGACGAAUCGUUCUGCACACUUGCAGCUUUUAAGGAGGCGGCAGAUGGCUUCACGCCAAAGGACUGGAAGGCGGAGUGCGGUAUGAAUCUGGCUGAGCCAGCGAUACGGCCUGUGGUUCAGCGGCCUCCGGGUCUUUAGCGUCACGGUAUGAUCUUACGACCAAGUAGAAUUGGUAGAGUGUGGAUAGAAGCUGGACCAUUAUUCUGCUGAAGUGCGCUGCAGUAAUAGCGGUAAUGCUUAGCCUGCUGCUCCGUUUUACGAACGGUGUGCUAUUGCUUUUGCAGUUGUGCUUCAUCGGACAGUGAUCUGUGGCUUCCCAGUUGGGACGCUAGGGAGAAG